AUGAAACUGACCUAUAAACAGGAAGUGAAACUGGUUAAUGUAUAUGCUCUGUCCAAGCAGAGUGAAGUGGAAAAGUCCUCUGGAAUACCUGAAAAAGCACCAGCUGGUCAGCUUCCUCGCUCUGUGGAUAUUAUUACUUAUGAUGAUCUGGUGAAUAUAUGUAAACCUGGAGACAGAGUUCAGGUAAUGUGAAUAUAUUACUGCCUCCCAUCCAAGAAAGGAAACUUCACCUCUGGCACAUUUAGGACAAUAAUUCUGGCUAAUAAUAUCAAAACUGAUGAGCAAAGAAAUAGCACAAUAUUCUCAGCUGAUGGUGUGGCAAAGAUCAAGCAAUUCUGCAAAGCUCAAACUAAAGAUAUCUUUGACCAUUUAAGCAAGUCUUUAGCACCAAGCAUUCAUGGCCAUGAGUAUAUUAAAAAAGCCAUUUUGUGUAUGCUACUUGGAAGUAAUGAGAAAGUUCUCAACAAUGGGACACGCAUUAGAGGAGACAUCAAUAUCUUAUUAAUAGGUCUUGGAGAACCAGAAAAAACAGAAAAGUACAUGAAGAGAACGUGGAUGAGGGGUCAAGCCAAGAAGCGCUUAGUCAAUAUGGCAUCAGAUAAAACCAAAGCAAAUAACAACAAAAAGCCCUAG